AUGACCGACUACAACUCGACCGCUCGGGCUCUGGCCCUCCCUAUAGAUGAACCCGACCAUCGAUCGCAAACGAAUUCGCCCGUCUUUUCUCGCCGAUCGACCUCGGUACCACGCUCAAACCAUCGCGGCAAGACAAGCGGCCUGCUGGCUCAGGCGGCCAAGCUACAACGCAAUGCCGCAAAAACAUUCUUCGGCUUAAGUCCUGCGAAACGCAUCUUGCUGGUUGUAGCAGGCGUUUUGGCCGCCGUGUUCGGUAUCCUAGGAAUCGUAUACCAUGAGAGGGUGUUCCGCGCCAUGGCGCCCAUGGCCAGGCGCUGGAGGGACAUCACUGGUGGCUGGAUGAUUCUAUGGGCAGCGACCUUCCUGGUUAGCUUUCCACCACUCAUCGGGUACUCUACUGUUGUCACAUUGGCUGGCUUCGUCUAUGGCGUGGGAAAGGGAUGGCUCAUCGUAGCAUCCGCCACCAUUGUCGGCAGCACGGCUUCUUUCCUCGCCUCACGUACUCUUCUCAAAUCAUAUGUAACACGACUCACCGAGAACGACAAGCGGUUCGCAGCACUUGCCUUGACUCUGAAGCAUGAUGGCAUCAAGCUUUUGAUGAUGAUUCGAUUAUGCCCCCUGCCAUAUUCGCUCUCGAAUGGCGCCAUCUCUACCAUUCCUACCGUAAAGUGGCCGCAGUUCAUGGUAGCCACUGCUGCAGCAAGUCCUAAGUUGCUUCUGGGCGUGUUUGUGGGCCACCAGCUCGGCGUCAUUGCCCAAAGCGGAGAUAAGAUGAGCGCUGGUGUAAAAGCAGUUAAUUACUUGGGCAUCGCUUUUGGCUUGACAGCAGGUGUGGCUACUGGCUUCAUCAUGUAUAACAAGACAAGGGCUAGAGCGCUAGAGCUGGAAGCUGAGGAACGUGAGGCGGCUAUACGUGGCGAAGCACCAGACGGAGACGAAUUUGAGGAGGAGGGCCGAUACGAGUAUUCUGAUGAUGCUAUGGAGCGAGAAGCCACUGCAGCGGUUCGAGGCGACGAUGGCAUCAGUCUCCGCAGCGACCAAGAGUACCGCGACGAUUUUGAUGACGACGGCGAAGACGCUCAAGACUUGGACAACGUCUUCCGACACGGCGAUGGAGACGAAGAGGAAGGCUUCAGCGAUAGACAGGACAGGCGUUAG